AUGGCCCCCAUAUCUCGCAGUGCCUCCGCCAAAACCCGGCUCAAUGGCCCUGAAAACGCGGCCACGGGGGCCUACGACGCUCCUCCGUCAACUAUGGCCGCACAGCUCAUCAGCAACUUGUCAACAACGAACGAACCUUCACGGCCGGCCGAGCGAGAUGACCUCAAGCGGCUCAUGGCCGAGGUGCUUGAGCAUGACGCGAAUGAAACCGAUGAUAUCGACUUGAAGCUGAGCCAUAAGCACAAGCUGAUAUAUGUAUUUGCACGUGCUGUGUUGGAGAGACUGAGCACUGAUGACCCGUUCAUGAAUCAGGCCCACCUGGUCGGUCAGGCUUCGGAUGCGCUGGAAAUCUUCAUAGUAGCCGUCAGGGAGCUUCCGGGCGUAUUGGAUUAUGUGUUGCCAGCAGGAGUCACCUUGCAAAACCGGGGCCAAGAACCUCUCUGGACGUGGCUGUUUCCUCGAGUUCUGACACUGCUCGGUCGACGGCAUUGUGAAAACCUGACAGAAAAGGUCAAAGACUUUUUUUAUGUCUCGUUUCAGGCUGCUGGUAGAUCUCCAAAGCAUUGGAAUCUCACUUCGUUCAUCUUCACUUACCUGAAGGAAAGCGUCACAACCACCUUGGAUCGCUUGCAAAACCCCAACAUCCUGUCUCACACCCAGGUGGUAGACAUCAUGCUUCCUUCUGAUGACAUGAGCCGCUUUGUGUCCUUUAUUGCAGGUAGUGAAGGUCCCCCGAGCUCCGCAGUCGACUGCACCUAUGUCAUUCGAGAUGUUACGGAAAGUCUCGAUCAUGCUAGGAAUGUAUUGUCAACGCUGGUUGAUGUGUCUAUGGCCGCCGUAGCUUCCUACGAUGCAACGCCAGCCUUUCAGGAUUACGUAGGCUGGCUCCUCGACUCAUUCCUGGUGACACACGAGUUGCACAAGAAGUGGCGAGGAAACCCUUCAUUGCACCCAUCGUGUUCCGAUUUCUGUUUGCUUCCCUUCUGUUCCGUUCAUGCCCUCCUGACUGCUCUUCGAGAAACCCUUUCCACCUCUCUAUUGCGAAAGGGAUAUUAUUUGCUGUCAAUGUUCUGUGCAGACUUGUUUGGUGACCCCAUACAACUAUCGAAAAGCUCGAUUCAACUCAAUCUUUGUAGCAGCAUCAUGAACCUGGCCGCCGGCUGUCACAAAUAUGAUUCUGUGCGCAGAGCAGUAUCUUUACAUCUGAUGCCCAUCGUUCACUCAGCCUUCACCAAUGAAAAUACAGCCAUUGGCGGGAUGGGUAAUGAUCUGAAGAUUCCCUGCGUAGCACUGUGCGGGGCGUGCGAAGUAGACGUUCCCACUGGACUUGAUCUGAAUGGAGUCCGAGAAUGCGAAAACCAGAACCUCGUUUUGGAAUUUCAGUGUUUGGAUCUCAGCAUCGAACAUCCACAAAAGGACCCGUCUGAAAAUGGACCACCGAGCAAACGACAGAAGUUAGACGAAGGGCCACAUCUUUUUGAACGGAUUACAAGUAGUCUUUACACGUUAUUUGGUGGGGUACAAACCGCUGAGGCGAGCUUCGCUGCUUUGAACGAGGAAGAUCAGUGUAAAGCUAUUGAACUUCUUGGCCUCGUACCCUGCGGGGCGUCCGGUUACCUGAGGGCCACUUGUACAACGUACGCGAUCACUAACCCAAAAUGUCCGCUAUGCGAGGACAUACCAAAUCCAGAGCAAGUUGAGCGAGGUGAAUCUAUGUGCCAAGAGAUCAGCGUUGAAGCAAUCCAGAUCUUUGGCAACUUGAUCAAGUCCCCAGCCUUCGGAACGGCCAAGCGACCUCGAGUUCUAGCAAUGUUGAUGCUCAAGAAGUUCGCUUUGCAUUAUGAGGACCCCGAGUUUCUUGACUUGGAGAAGUCUCCGCUGGGUCAAUGGUGUUUAGGCUCUCUGAAAAGCUCGGUCCGAGAGCUACGCAUUGCUGCUGGUCGCACUCUGCCUGGAUUCUUACGUGGCUCGCCAUUGGAACCCUUGACAAAGAAGAACAGAGUCACCACGUUCAUGUUCUUACGUUCAUUUUCUGAGGAAAAGAGCAACCAUUUGCAUGAAACCUGCAUUCUUGCUUGGGGGCAGCUGGGACGGAGCGCUGAUGACGACGAACUCAAUUUUGUACUUUUGAGUCUGGUUACUUACUUGGGCCAUAGAAAUCCACUUGUUUCUGGGGCGUCUUUCAAUGAAAUUCUCAGGCUUGCUAAAGCAAGAAACGUCACUGUUGAGCGUCUGUUCAGCCCCUGUUGGGGCACUGUUGCUAUUGAAGUAGUUAAAGACCUUCUCGUUAAGCCUCAGACUGCUCAGCUGAUGGCUGAUUUGCUGGGAAUGUCUGUUUCAGAGUUCCUCGUUCUAACCCAGUCCCAUACACUGCCCUGGCUAGUCUUAAACCAGCAGGCUGUGGUAGUCAAGCGGAUCGCUGAAGCUCGGAGAGCGCCCGAAACGUCAGUGAUGUGCAUGGACCCAAUAAAUUGGUGUCCUAUCUUGGCUCUUCUGCUUGUUCAGCCAGUACCUGAUAUGGAACUUUAUGUGUUGGCUACCUUAAGAAGAGCUGUAAUAGGUUUCAAAGAAUGUGAUCUCUCAUUGUUGAUCCGCGUUGAACCUGCCUCCACAGCCCUCUGCUUGCUAAAGGCUGCAGGAGAGGCUGAUGAGGGCAAGAAAUCUCGAAUUCGAGUUGCUUUGCAGUUCCUUGCUUCCCGUGCUCCUUCUACUGAUGGCAAUCAAAAGAAGGGCAAUCCUGUCGGCGCAUUCCUUGAAAUGCAUGUUCUAGGCCUUGUUACCCGUAUAUCCGAGGUUGUAAACGAUUCUCGCGAUGCGCACUCGGCGAAGCAGAAGGAACGUUUCGUGAAUGCUAUGGAGGAGCUAGUGAAGGUUGCUAAAUCGCACACAAGGGUUGCUCGACCACAGAUGUGUGCCUGCUUGCAAUCAGCUUUCGCUCAGAGGGAGCUUCAAACAUCUGCCUUUUCGGCUUGGGCUACGAUGCUUACCAGCCUGGAAGAUGAUGACGUGGAAACUAUGCUAGAAAGCACGUUUUCUACGAUUAUACAGAGGUGGGACACUUUCGACGAAACAGCGCGGAAAUGUGUUGUAGAUACUCUACAGUAUCUGAUCGACAAGCGGGCUCGCCUCUUGCGCAACAUGCUUGUCAAUCUACCGUCCUUAUCGCAGUUUCCCCAGCUGGCUAAGGUUGAAAAGCAGCUCAGCAACAUGAGAACACCCACAGAUAUUGGGAACACCUUCCAAAUUUUCAGUCGCAGAGUGGGCCACGAAAAUUCAGGUGUUGUUGCCCAAGCUUUGGUCGAACUAAAGGCCUAUCUUCGACAGCAUCAAUCCUUCCUCCAGGCAUCGGCAGUUAGUGAGCAGCCCGAUGCCGUCGUCGGUCAGCUUGUUCGAGCAAUACUGGAUACUUGUGUCAAGUUCAACGAUUUGCACGACGUUGCUCAAUUAUCUGCAGAGUGCAUUGGACUCAUCGGCUGCCUUGAUUCGAAUCGAGUCGAAUCCGUCCGAGAGCAGCGUGAGAUGGUGAUGGUCAGCAAUUUCUAUGAUUCUGGAGAAACUCUUGAUUUUGUUCUCUUCGUCUUAGAGGAAUGCCUUGUUCCUGCGUUUCUCUCAGCCACGGACACCGUCCUGCAGGGAUUUCUCGCCUUCGUAAUGCAGGACCUGCUUGAGAAGUGUAAUUUCAAGGAGAUUUGUGGGCAGAUCAUCAAGAAUGGAGUGAAAGGCUCUACCGACCUACACUACAUAAAAUGGCUAUCAUUGCCGACAAGCGUGCAGGAUACCUUAACGCCAUUUCUCAGUUCAAAAUACGCCGUGAAAGAUCUCGACCCCGUGACAUACGAGUAUCCGAUCUUUCGCCCCGAGACGAUACCUCCCACCAAACUGUAUAACUAUUGGAUUAGGACAAUGGCACUGGAUCUAUUGCAGAAACCCGGCAGUCCUCUUAGUGACCUUAUCUUUGUUCCGCUCCGUCGUGCGAUCAAAAUGAAGGAUGUGUCAAUUCCAGGGUUUCUCCUUCCUUACUUGGUCUUGAACAAUAUUGUUGAAGGCAGCGAUCAAAAUCGAGAGGAUCUUGCGCAAGAACUGCUUGCGAUCUUGCAGUAUCAGCCUUCUGCGGAAUCUCAAAUACAUACGGAAGAUAUUAAACUGUGUAUUGAGGCGGUAUUUCGCGUCCUGGACUACCUCGCACGUUGGGUCCAAGAAAGACAGGCGAAGAACAGCAAAUCUCGCGAUCAAUCACCGUCCUCGGACGGCAUUGAUAGAGUCAAUGCUCUCAUAAAAAUGAUUCCUCCCGAGGUCAUAUCACGUCGUGCCGUAGAGUGCAAAUCGUACUCUCGCGCGUUGUUUUACUGGGAGCAACACAUUCGUCAUGCGAGAAAGAAUGACAAAAGCUCUGAAACCAAUACUACCUUGCUACAACGUCUGCAAGAAAUUUACACCCAGAUUGACGAGCCAGACGGAAUCGAAGGAAUUUCGGCUCAUCUCCAUGUGCUAGACAUUGACCAACAAAUCCUUGCACAUAGAAAAGCAGGGCGAUGGACAGCCGCCCAGAGUUGGUACGAGAUCAAACUUGCGGAAAAUCCUGAUAAUAUUGACACUCAAUUAAAUUUGUUGACGUGUCUGAAGGAGUCUGGGCAACACGAUGUUCUGCUGAACUAUGUUGAAGGUAUGCACACUGCAAAACAGACUGUCUCUAGUCUGCUCCCAUUUGCAACGGAAGCUUCCUGGGCCACGGGUCGAUGGGCUGCAUUGGAGAAAUACACGUCUUCAAUACCGAAAACCCCUGGCGAGGACUUCAACGUUAGCAUUGGUCGUUCUCUGCUGGCACUGCAUACGAAGGACACCGAUCUCUUUACUUCGACCAUCCAGUCACUUCGAGAACAGAUUGCCUGUUCUCUCUCAACGUCAACGACUUCUUCGAUCGCAGCAUGCCAUGACUCUAUGCUCAAGUUUCAUGUGCUCACAGAGCUGGAAAUGAUCGCAGGCACGGCUAAAGAUGCUUCCACAGAACGGACAGAUAUCCUUGAAUCUUUAAGCCGCCGAUUGGAAGUGAUUGGAGCUUAUCUCAACGACAAGCAAUAUUUGCUAGGUAUUAGACGUGCUGCAAUGCAGUUAUCAAGCCUCAAUUUUACUAAAGGUGACAUUGCAUCCGCAUGGCUCACGAGUGCACGGCUCGCCAGAAAAGGGAACGCAAUCCAUCAGUCCUUCAACGCUGUGCUCCACGCUUCAGAACUUGGCGAUAAAUCGGCAACCAUCGAGCAUGCACGACUCUUGUGGAAAGAAGGCCAUCACCGGAAAGCCAUCCAAAGUCUACAAGGAGCCAUCGACAAUAACGCAUUCAUAUCCCACAACAUAACCGCCAAUGCUACAAGCUUUCCAGGCACCGAAGCAGGAGAGCAACAACAAAACCUCCUCACAGCGAGGGCGCAUUUGCUACUUGCUAAAUGGCUAGAUAGUGCAGGUCAAACUCAUUCGAAUGCUCUGCGGAUUCAAUAUCAACUAGCGGCAAAGACACAUACCAACUGGGAGAAAGGUCACUAUUAUCUGGGCCGCCAUUACAACAAGAUACUCGAAUCAGAAAAAGCUCUUGCACCCGAGUUAAAUAGCGAAGCGUACCUCUGCGGAGAAACUGCUAAGCUCGUGGUUGAGAACUAUUUGAGGUCGCUGUCCUUUGGGACGAAGUACGUUUAUCAAACACUGCCGCGACUCCUUACUCUCUGGCUCGAUUUGGGCACGCAAGUCAAUCAACCUCUAGAUCCAAAGUACGGAAACAGUCGAGAAUUGAUCAAGAAGGUUAGCGAUCUUCGAAAGACUCACCUGGAACAUUUACACGGGCGAUUCCAGAAAUACAUAUCAAAAAUGCCCGCAUACAUAUUCUAUACGGCUCUCCCUCAGAUUGUCGCUAGAAUUGCGCAUCCAAACAACGAUGUCUACAAAUACCUCCAGAGCAUUAUUUUCAAGGUCGUACAAGCACACCCACAGCAGGCAUUGUGGAGUCUCCUUGCCGUAUGUGCAUCCCCUCAGGUGGAUAGGAGGACGAGAGGCGGAACCAUUCUUCAAGCUCUUCGUGCCAGUAAAAACAAAGAACCUGGAUCACUCGAUAUCAGAGCAAUAAUCAAGAGCGGCGAUAAGCUUGCUGAGCAACUUCUUUUGGCCUGCAAUGCUGGCGAAUUCCAAGGCAAUCGGACGAUUUGGGCAAACUUGACCAGAGACCUUGGGUUUUCUCACAAGGCCUGCAUGCCAAGUUCAAUGGCCAUGCCGGUCGAAAGCGUCUUGACCGCAACCCUUCCAACGCUCACCGAUAAUGUCAAAACCCACAAAGCAUUCUCUCGGGACGUAGUUACCAUAUCAUCAUUCUUGGAUGAAGUGAUGGUUCUCAGCUCUCUACAAAAACCACGAAAGCUUACCGCACGUGGAUCGGACGGCAAAACAUACGGUCUCAUGUGCAAGCCAAAAGAUGAUCUGCGUAAAGAUCAAAGACUUAUGGAAUUUAAUAGCAUGAUUAACAGGUCUCUGAAGCGAGAUGCAGAAUCGAGCAGACGGCAAUUGUAUAUCAAGACCUACGCUGUGACGCCCCUUAACGAGGAAUGCGGAAUCAUUGAGUGGGUUGAUGGUCUGAAAACACUUCGAGAUAUUCUUCUCGGUCUGUACAGGGCGAUAGGAGUCCAGAUAAACUAUCGGGAGAUCGAGACGUUUUGCGAUGAGGCGUCGAAAUCAACGGAGAAGCUUCCAUUCUUUACUGAAAGGGUACUUGGCACUUUCCCCCCUAUAUUCCAUAAGUGGUUCGUGCAGCAAUUUCCUGAGCCUUCGACCUGGUUCGCGGCUAGACUUCGCUACACCCGGUCUUGUGCAGUCAUGUCUAUGGUCGGCACAAUUCUCGGUCUAGGAGACCGCCAUGGUGAGAAUAUUCUUUUCGAAGAAGGCAACGGCGGGACUUUUCACGUCGAUUUCAACUGUCUUUUCGACAAAGGUCUCACCUUCGUCAGGCCUGAACGAGUGCCUUUCCGCUUGACGCACAAUAUGGUUGAUGCAAUGGGGAUUUAUGGAUACGAGGGACCAUUCCGAAAGUCCUCGGAACUCACUCUGAAACUGCUUCGUCAACACGAAGAGACGUUGAUGACGAUUCUCGAGGCUUUCGUGUACGAUCCUACGUUGGACCUGUUGAAGAAGCCGGAAAAGAAAAAGAAAGAGGGUGCCUUUGUGGUCCCUCAGACUGCUCAAGGCGUGCUCGACAGUAUCCAGAGGAAGGUCAGAGGUUUGUUGGCUGGGGAAAGUGUGCCGCUCGGAGUGGAGGGACAUGUGGACGAGCUGAUCAAGCAGGCGACGAACCAGACUUAUCUGGCCUCGAUGUAUAUUGGUUGGUGUGCAUUUUUAUAG